AUGGGGGACCAAUUCAGUGAAACAGAGUCAGAAACCAGGGCUGUCUCAGCACAGGUGCUGAGCUUGGGGCUCCAGACAGUGAAGGGCGCUAAGAAAGUGCUGCAGAAACCAACAGGUAAGCCUGGCAAGAAGCGCAGGAGGCUGAGGAAGGAGAGUUACUGCAUCUAUAUCUACAAAGUGAUGAAGCAAGUUCACCCCGACACCAGCACCUCUUCCAAGGCCAUGAGCAUCAUGAACUCAUUUGUGAACGACAUUUUUGAAUGCAUCGCUGGCGAGGCGUCCCGCCUAGCCCAUUACAACAAGUGGUCGACCAUCAGCUCCCCGGAGAUGAAGACCACCGUGCGCCUACUGCUGCCCGGGGGGCUGACCAAGCACGCAGUAUCAGAAGGGACAAAGGCAGUGACCAAAUACACCAGCUCCAAGUGA